UGAACAAUGGGUCGCGUUAUCCGUGCGCAGAGGCGAUCGCACGCCAUCUUCAAGGCGCAUACGCACCACAACAAAGCCCCCGCCAAGCUCCGUAACCUCGACUAUGCCGAGCGCAAUGGUUACAUCCGGGGAAUCGUAAAAGAAAUCAUUCACGACCCAGGACGAGGUGCACCUCUGGCUCGUGUCGUUUUCCGCGACCCCUACCGCUACAAGCUCCGCACCGAAACCUUUAUCGCAACUGAGGGCAUGCACACCGGUGCUUUCGUCUACUGCGGCAAGAAAGCCGCUCUGACUGUUGGGAACGUUCUACCAGUCUCGCAACUUCCUGAAGGUACAAUUGUUUGCAACGUUGAGGAGAAAGUUGGUGACCGUGGUGCCCUCGCUCGUACAUCGGGUAACUACGCAACUGUCAUUGGUCACUCGGGCGAGGACAACAAGACUCGUAUUCGUCUCCCAUCUGGUGCGAAGAAGACCAUUUCUGGUUCCGCUCGUGCAACCGUCGGUAUCGUAGCCGGUGGUGGACGAAUCGACAAGCCUCUCCUUAAAGCUGGUCGUGCUUACCACAAAUACAAGGCCAAGCGCUACAACUGGCCUCGUACUCGUGGUGUUGCUAUGAACCCGGUCGACCAUCCUCACGGUGGUGGUAACCACCAGCACAUCGGGAAGGCUUCCACUAUCGCUCGCUCUGCCGUACCCGGUCAGAAAGUCGGUCUCAUCGCCGCACGCAGGACUGGUCUCCUUCGUGGUACAGUCAAGACCAAGGACACGUAAAGACGGAACUCAAAAGUUACCCUGUACUUUCGUCUUUAUCUUUCUUACUGUAUACAACUACAUUUACUCGAGUAGUAUUGCUAUGCACUUUCAGCAGCACUCACAGAGACAAAAGCUUUGUAUGCACGUUUAUGAGCAUAGGACAUCCUACAUAUAUGAUUCACUACAUCUAAACUACGAGCUUUCUAUCGGAGUCAAGACGCUUGCGCAAGA